CGUUAGCUUCCGGGAGCAGCCGGGUGGCAGGGCAGCGGCUGCAGCAUGUCUGGGAACGGCCUCGGCUACAACGAGCAGGGUGGGGAGGCAACGGCAGCCGAGUUGGGCCAGGAGGCGGCGCCCACCGCAGCGCCCUCAGCCUCGGCGGCCUUCGGGCUCUUCAGCAGCGACACCAAGAAAAAUGAAGACCUAAAGCAGAUGUUGGAAAGUAAUAAAGAUUCUGCUAAAUUGGAUGCUAUGAGAAGGAUUGUUGGGGUGAUUGCAAAGGGGAAAAAUGCAUCUGAAUUGUUUCCUGCUGUUGUGAAGAAUGUGGCCAGUAAAAACAUUGAGAUAAAAAAGCUAGUGUAUGUUUAUCUGAUGCGAUAUGCAGAGGAGCAGCAGGACCUGGCAUUGCUGUCCAUCAGUACCUUCCAGCGUGCUCUGAAAGAUCCUAAUCAGUUAAUCCGUGCAAGUGCUUUGAGAGUUUUAUCCAGCAUCCGUGUGCCAAUUAUUGUUCCUAUAAUGAUGCUUGCUAUUAAAGAGGCAUCCUCUGAUUUAUCUCCUUAUGUUAGGAAAAAUGCAGCCCAUGCAAUCCAAAAACUGUAUAGCCUUGAUCCAGAGCAAAAGGAAAUGUUGAUAGAAGUGAUAGAAAAACUCCUGAAAGAUAAAAGUACGUUGGUAGCCGGGAGCGUUGUGAUGGCCUUUGAGGAAGUGUGCCCAGAUAGAAUUGAUCUGAUUCACAAGAACUAUCGAAAACUCUGUAAUUUGCUGGUUGAUGUGGAGGAAUGGGGGCAAAUUGUUAUCAUUCACAUGUUAACUCGAUAUGCACGUACACAGUUUGAGAGCCCCUGGAAAGAGGAUGUUGUUAUGGAAGAGUACAAUGAAAAGAACUUUUAUGAGUCUGAUGAAGAACAGAAAGAAAAGGAUCAGAAAGUGAAGAAACUGUACGCUAUGGAUCCAGACCACAGGCUGCUUUUACGGAAUACAAAGCCUUUGCUACAAAGCCGUAAUGCUGCUGUGGUGAUGGCAGUUGCACAGCUGUAUUGGCACCUGGCACCAAAAUCUGAGGCUGGCAUAGUUUCCAAAUCAUUAGUGCGUUUGCUUCGUAGUAAUAGGGAGGUGCAGUAUAUUGUUCUGCAGAAUAUUGCAACUAUGUCCAUCCAAAGAAAGGGCAUGUUUGAACCUUACCUGAAGAGUUUCUAUGUUAGGUCAACUGAUCCAACGAUGAUCAAAACAUUAAAGUUUCUUCAGACCUACGUGAAAAGCCAAGAUAAACAAUUUGCUGCAGCUACAAUUCAGGCUAUAGGCAGAUGUGCAACCAACAUCUCAGAAGUGACUGACACCUGCCUUAACGGCCUAGUGUGUUUGCUGUCCAACAGGGAUGAAAUAGUGGUUGCUGAAAGUGUUGUUGUUAUCAAGAAGCUUCUACAAACACAACCAGCACACCAUAGUGAAAUUAUCAAACAUAUGGCUAAACUCUUGGAUGGUAUUACUGUUCCUGUGGCUAGAGCCAGCAUUCUUUGGCUUAUUGGAGAAUAUUGUGAACGAGUCCCCAGAAUUGCACCUGAUGUUUUGAGAAAGAUGGCUAAAAGUUUCACUAAUGAAGAUGAUCUUGUAAAGCUGCAAAUUUUAAAUGUGGGAGCCAAACUUUAUUUAACCAACUCAAAACAGACAAAAUUGCUUACCCAGUAUGUAUUAAAUCUCGGCAAGUAUGAUCAAAGCUACGACAUCAGAGACCGUACGAGAUUUAUUAGGCAGCUUAUUGUUCCAAAUGAGAAGAGUGGAGCUUUAAGCAAAUAUGCCAAAAAAAUAUUUCUGGCACAGAAACCUGCCCCAUUGCUUGAGUCUCCUUUUAAAGAUAGGGAUCAUUUCCAGCUUGGCACCUUAUCUCAUAUUCUGAACACCAAAGCCACUGGGUACCUGGAGUUAUCCAGUUGGCCAGAGGUGGCGCCUGACCCAUCAGUGCGAAACGUUGAAGUAAUUGAGCCGACAAAAGAAUGGACUGGACUUCUAGGCAAAGCGAAGAAAGAGAAGCCUACUAAACAGUUUUAUUCUGAGGAUGAAGAUGAGGAUGAAUCUGCUAGCAGCAGUGAUACUGAGAGUAAAUCUGGUAGUGAAAGUGAAAAAGACAAGGAAGAAGGAAGCAGUAUGGAAAGCAGUGGAAGUUCUUCCAGUGAAGAAUCAAGUGAUAGUGAAAUGGACAGCAAAGAAGGUAGAACAAAGAAAAAAUCUGAAACAAGUGAGGAAAGUGACUCAGAUGACACUGAAAAGAAAACAGAGAUGAUCUCCAAAGGAAAGAGAACCUCCAGGUCCUCUGAAUCAGGAUCUAGUUCAACAGAGGAAAGUUCUUCAGGUUCUGAAUCAGAAUCUGACUCUGAAAGUGACUCUGGAUUAAAAAAACCUGAAAAGGCCACUUCAAACAAGAGUGAAGAAAAACCACAGCAAAAGAAAAAAACUUCCAGUAAACAAGAGGUGUCCUUACUAGAUCUGGAUGAUUUUAGUUUUGUUUCGACUCCUGUGGUAGUUCCUAGACCAGCUAUUUUGCCGCCAAGUUUAGUUGCUGACCUAGAGGGCUUAAAGCUGACAAGUUCAUCUGUCAUUGAUGUCAGUGCUCCAGUUUUUGUGCCAAUGGAAACUCAUGAAUUGCUUCAUCGAAUGAGUGGAAAAGGAUUAGCGGCUCAUUAUCACUUCUCAAGACAGCCGUGCAUUUAUGGCGAUCAAAUGGUAUCUGUACAAGUAACAUUAACUAACACCACUGACCAGAAGAUAGAGAAUAUUCACAUAGGAGAGAAAAAGCUACCUGCAGGGAUGAAGAUGCAUGUGUUUAACCCAAUAGAAUCUCUUGAGCCUGAGGGAUCCAUUACUGUUUCAGUGGGUAUUGACUUCUGUGAUUCUACUCAGACUGCCAGUUUCCAAUUAUGCACAAAGGAUAAUCACUUCAAUGUUAGCAUUCAGCCCUCUGUUGGAGAACUGCUUUUACCUGUCACUAUGUCAGAGAAGGAUUUUAUGAAAGAGCAAGGAAUGCUUGCAGGAAUGAAUGAGACAUCUACUACAAUUACUGUUGCUCCACAGAAUUCCACUCAUUCUGUAAUAAUUCAAAAAGUAGUUAAGGCAGCAAACCUGGGGGUUGUUCCUUCUGGUCAAGAUAACAUACACAGGUUUGCAGCUAAAACUGUGCACAGUGGGUCAUUGAUGCUAGUCACAGUGGAGCUGAAGGAAAGCUCUACAGCACAGCUCAUCAUAAACACUGAGAAAACUGUGAUUGGUUCUGUUCUACUGCGGGAGCUGAAGCCUGUCCUCUCCCAGGGGUAACCUGCUUACAUCUGGACUUCAGAAUCUGGCACACAACAAAAGUGCCUGGCAUCCACUACUGCUGCCUUUCAUUUAUAAUAAUAGCCCUUCCAUCUGGCAGUGGGGGAAGAAUACACUCUUGACAUUCUUGUCUCCUGCUUUAGAAUGCUAGUGUGUAUCUAUCAUGUAUGCAAGUACUUUCAGUUUUUUCCUGCUUGCUAACCAAAGAACAUAUAUUUUACUGUCAGUUAUCCACGCUCUUAAAUGUAUUUCCCAUUUGUUCAGUCCUUGUGCUUCCCUUCUUCCCUUCCACUUACGUCUCCAUUUUUCCCUGCUAACAGACAAAUAUUAGGUAGUAAAGUUCAGGAAAAAUGCACUUGCUUGAGAACUGAGCUAAAAUGUCAGAGGGAGACUCCACAGAAUAGUAUAGAUGGGUUUUGUUGUAUGAGAAGUGUAAAAGGACAGUAGGUACUACAACAUGUCCUUGUCCUCUCAAGUUACUUGUAAGCUUAAAUCCAUAUAUCUUGUAAAAUGUUGUUGCCAGUUACUGCCAUAUUUUCAAAUAUUUCUAAAUGUUCAGAUUCUAAUAAAGUCAAAUUACAAAUCAAA